UACCUGGGCAGUGCUGUGGGUCACACAUCCUUUAGAGGCAGGCUCCUGGGUGCUCUGAAGACCAUCCCGAAGAUUGCAUAGGAGAGAAUAUAUCAAGGAUCUAUUUAUGAGUUCAUCUAGCACAAAAGCCAGGAGCUCUCUAAUACAACUACAUUAGUGUUUGCUUCCAAGCAGAAAUACAGAUUUUUAAAAAUAAGCAUAGGAUUAUUAAAAGGGAGAUAGCUCAGUCCAAAGAAUCUGUUUUGGAAGAUGUCACUGAACAACUCUUCCAACAUAUUUCUGGAUUCGGUGUCCAGCAAUACUAGUCGCUUUCAAGUUAAUGUCAUAAACGAGGGCCCGGAGAGCCAUGAGGCUGAGAAUGAUGACAGCGACCCACCUCAUUAUGAAGAGACCUCUUUUGGGGAUGAAACGCAGCACAGAUUGAGAAUCAGCUUUAGACCUGGGAACCAGGGAUGCUAUGACAAUUUCCUGCAAAAUGGAGACACUGCUAAAACAGACUCUAGUUUUCACGCCUAUGAUUCCCACACUAACACAUACUAUCUGCAAACCUUCGGCCACAAUACCAUGGACGCAGUCCCCAAGAUUGAGUACUACCGCAACACCGGCAGCGUCAGCGGGCCCAAGGUCAACAGACCCAGCCUGCUGGAGAUUCACGAGCAGCUGGCCAAGAAUGUGACCGUGGCCCCAGGUUCAGCAGACCGAGUCGCUAAUGGUGAUGGGAUGGCCGGAGAGGAGCCCGAUGACAGCAAAGCAGAAGACACAGCUGGUGUCGUGAAGUUUGGCUGGGUGAAAGGUGUGCUGGUCAGAUGCAUGCUGAAUAUCUGGGGGGUCAUGCUCUUCAUUCGACUGUCCUGGAUCGUAGGAGAAGCUGGCAUUGGUCUUGGUGUGAUUAUCAUCUGCUUAGCUGUCACAGUGACUGCUAUCACUGGCUUAUCCACCUCUGCUAUUGCCACAAAUGGAUAUGUCAGAGGAGGUGGAGCCUACUAUCUUAUUUCCAGGAGCUUGGGGCCGGAGUUUGGUGGGUCCAUAGGCUUGAUCUUUGCAUUUGCCAACGCAGUGGCUGUUGCUAUGUAUGUGGUGGGAUUUGCCGAGACUGUGGUAGAUCUUCUUAAGGAGAGCGAUUCCAUGAUGGUGGACCCGACCAAUGACAUCCGGAUCAUAGGCUCCAUCACCGUGGUGAUUCUUUUAGGGAUUUCCGUCGCUGGAAUGGAAUGGGAAGCAAAGGCUCAAGUGAUCCUUCUGGUCAUUCUUCUGAUCGCCAUCGCAAACUUCUUCAUUGGAACCGUCAUUCCGUCCAACAAUGAGAAGAGGUCCAGAGGCUUCUUCAACUACCAAGCAUCCAUAUUUGCGGAGAACUUUGGACCAAGCUUCACGAAGGGUGAAGGGUUCUUCUCUGUCUUCGCCAUUUUCUUCCCAGCAGCCACUGGAAUCCUUGCUGGCGCCAACAUCUCAGGAGACUUGGAGGACCCCCAAGAUGCCAUUCCCAGAGGGACCAUGCUGGCCAUCUUCAUCACCACUGUGGCCUACCUGGCGGUUGCUAUCUGCGUGGCGGCCUGUGUGGUCCGAGAUGCCACUGGAAGCAUGAAUGACACCAUUGUUUCCAGCCUGAACUGCAAUGGGUCUGCGGCCUGCGGGCUGGGCUACGACUUCUCUAGAUGUCGGCACGAGCCGUGUCAGUACGGGCUGAUGAACAACUUCCAGGUCAUGAGCAUGGUGUCAGGGUUCGGCCCCCUCAUCACUGCCGGAAUCUUUUCGGCAACACUGUCCUCUGCCCUGGCCUCCCUGGUCAGUGCCCCCAAAGUGUUCCAGGCUCUGUGCAAGGACAACAUCUUCAAAGGCCUGCAGUUCUUUGCAAAGGGAUACGGCAAAAACAAUGAACCCCUGCGUGGAUAUUUGCUCACCUUUGUGAUCGCAAUGGCGUUCAUUCUGAUAGCGGAGUUGAACGUCAUCGCACCCAUCAUCUCGAACUUUUUCUUGGCUUCGUACGCACUUAUUAAUUUCUCCUGCUUCCAUGCCUCGUAUGCCAAAUCUCCAGGAUGGAGGCCUGCCUAUGGGGUCUACAACAUGUGGGUGUCCCUCUUUGGAGCUGUGCUGUGCUGCGCCGUCAUGUUUGUCAUCAACUGGUGGGCAGCGGUCAUCACCUAUGUCAUUGAGUUAUUCCUCUACAUCUAUGUGACGUAUAAGAAACCAGAUGUGAACUGGGGCUCGUCCACGCAGGCACUUUCCUAUGUGAGUGCUGUGGACAACGCUCUGGAGCUGACCACGGUGGAAGACCACGUGAAGAACUUCAGGCCCCAGUGCAUUGUCCUAACAGGGGCACCCAUGACAAGACCUGCCCUCUUGGACAUAGCUCACGCCUUCACCAAGAACAGUGGCCUGUGUAUCUGCUGUGAAGUCUUUGUGGGACCGCGCAAGCUGUGUGUUAAGGAGAUGAACAGUGGCAUGGCUAAAAAACAGGCCUGGCUUAUAAAGAACAAAAUCAAGGCUUUCUAUGCUGCGGUGGCAGCGGACUAUUUCAGAGAUGGUGUCCGCAGUCUCCUUCAGGCUUCGGGCUUAGGGAGAAUGAAGCCAAACACUUUGGUGAUUGGAUAUAAGAAAAACUGGAGGAAAGCUCCCUUGGCAGAGAUUGAGAACUACGUGGGAAUCAUCCAUGAUGCCUUUGACUUUGAGAUUGGCGUGGUCAUUGUCAGGAUCAGCCAGGGGUUUGACAUCUCUCAGGUUCUCCAGGUACAAGAUGAACUCCAGAGGCUGGAGCAGGAGAGGCUGGCGCUGGAAGCCACCAUCAAAGACAGCGAAUGUGAGGAAGGGAGUGGGGGCAUCCGAGGCUUGUUUAAAAAAGCCGGCAAGUUGCACAUCACCAGGGCACCUUCUAAAAAAGAGAGCAGCAUUAAUACCAUCCAGUCCAUGCAUGUGGGGGAGUUCAACCAGAAACUGGUGGAAGCCAGCACUCAGUUCAAAAAGAAACAAGGAAAAGGAACCAUUGAUGUCUGGUGGCUGUUUGAUGAUGGAGGGUUGACACUCCUUAUCCCCUAUAUCUUGACUCUUAGAAAAAAGUGGAAAGAUUGUAAAUUACGGAUCUAUGUGGGAGGAAAGGUCAACCGCAUUGAAGAAGAAAAAAUCACCAUGGCUUCUCUUCUGAGCAAAUUUAGGAUAAAGUUUGCAGACAUCCAUGUCAUCGGUGAUAUCAACGUGAAGCCCAACAAAGAGAGCUGGAAAGUCUUUGAAGAGAUGAUCGAACCCUAUCGGCUCCAUGAAAGCUGCAAAGAUUUAACAACUGCUGAGAAAUUAAAAAGAGAAACUCCAUGGAAAAUUACAGAUACAGAGCUGGAAGCAGUCAAAGAAAAGAGCUACCGCCAGGUGCGCCUGAACGAGCUGCUGCAGGAGAACUCCAGAGCUGCCAACCUCAUCGUCCUGAGCCUUCCCGUGGCAAGAAAAGGAUCCAUAUCGGACUUGCUGUAUAUGGCUUGGCUAGAAAUACUCACCAAGAACCUCCCCCCUGUCUUACUGGUUAGAGGAAAUCACAAAAAUGUCCUGACAUUUUACUCUUAAGAUGUGAAAGAUAAGAAUACAUGUUUAACUGGAUGUAUGCGUAAUUAGAAAAAUAUGUUCCAGUACUUUACAUUAUGAAAUCUGAUCUGUGAAUAGAUAGCAAACCUCUGGAGACAAGCCUACCAGAUUCUAAACAGAUUUUGUACAUUUUUUUAUUAGUUAAUGGGAACUUUUUUUCCCCCUCUGUCAACUGAAAGGAGCAUCUAAGGCAAGGCUACUACAAAAAAAAAUCAUUUUUGGCAGCGCUGUUGGUAGAUAAGAAAUUAAUCAAAGCCAUGCUGGCUCAUGCUCACGAAAACCACCAGGGUGACAGCUCCUCCAAGCAGGUAUCUCCUUUUGUUUCUAAUGGCAUUUGCAGCAGGGUCCUGGUUCAGGUCACAGCCCACAGCAGGUCUCAACAACUCUUAUUGAUGAGCUGGUUCCAUGACCAUAGGCAGUCAGGAAAGGAAAAGACCAACCAGGUGGGAUGUGUGAUAGCCUGUGGCCUCCUGAGAGGCCCCUGACUGCAAAGAAGAUUUAAAAUCAAUAACCAAAGACUUUAAGAGGCACUGGAGUCUACAAUACAUUUAAAGUGGUUACUUAAAUGGGGUUUAUUAAUGUACUAGAUAAUGUACUCAGCGAGACCUGAACAGUCAUUGAUACCACCCAGCUUGAAUUUGCUGCUGUCUGGAGGUUUAUUAACCAAGUCAGGAGAGAAUGUGUUCCAGUGACAGUCGUGCUUGGGUGUCCAGCUGGUUUGAAACUCCUCAGGUUUGGUGCAAGCUACAUUUUGAUGCAAAAAUUUUAUCCUGGUCAUUUUCCUUUGUUUGAUACUUGACCUGCAAGCUAGAACUUGCUGGUGUCUGUGGCCUCAUGGCCACUGCCCUUUCCAACUAAAGCAAUUUGCUUGGUACUUGUCACUUUGGGUACUUCGCAUGCCUCUCGGACCCAAUUAACAAUGAGUACGGGGUGCUACUGUAAUGGCCCUCAUACUAUCCUUUACCCUAAACAGGAAUUGUCCUCCAUGCUAAACUUUUGAGGUUUCCGUUACAAAUUACUUUCCAUAUGUUUUUCUAAUUAAGUGGUUAGUACAGAUGAAAUCUAUAUAGAAGUCUAAUUGAAAACCAAGUCCUAAAAAUUCUCAAAGCAUUUCUGAGACGUAUAUCCCGAAUCGUAUAUUUAGUUUCUAUGUAUAGUGAUUAUAUGGACGUAAAACAAUAAUUAAAAUGUGGAAAAAUUUUGCAAAAUGUAUAGGAUAUAGGUAUUGAUUGUUUCAUUUUUGUUCACAUAUCUGUAAUACUUAAUCACAUGGACAAGCCAACGAGAAAAAUUGUUUUUCUGAUAAAUGGCCUGAUUUUUUUUUUCCUGACAUAUCCUGAGAAAACAUACAGGGAAAAUGAACCUGAAAUAAAAGCGCUGAAAUUGGUCUA